AUGGACUUGAAAGUGGUUUGUGUUGUGGCAGCUGGAUGUUUCCUGUUUGGUUUAGCACAUGCUAGCCCUAUGAUUGAUGAUACCAAAGGGCAUAUCAAUUCGGUUCAUCAAGAGAAACCGACAAUUGAAGAAUCCCUGUCCAAGAAACUCAACGCCAAAUGCUCGCAGCAAGACAUCAGCUCCUGUCUCAUGCUGAAACUAGUGACCUACUUCAACAAGCUCAUGAAAAAGUCGAAUCUUGAAUUCGGAGACGUGGAAAUCACACAGACUUCGACAGAAACCAUCCAAAUAGAGAAUUCCAGGAGCCUAAACGACAUUGAGAAGAUGUCCGAGGAACAACAGCUGACUGAAGUUUUAGCAGAUAAAGCACUGCAUUUCUUGAGGACCAGGUCUUUGAAAUGGAAGGGUGAUGCCUCGCUCAUAAAUUCAUGCUCUUCUGCAAUAUCAACAAUUGUUCCUCCCUUGGCAGUCCCGGCUGGGUUAACCCGUCGAGUAGAGGCUUCCCACCCCUUCGUGGUCACUCUGGAGACCUGCAGAACAUCUCUUUUCAAAGACUUGUUCAUCCAACGAUCAGCGAGGCUCUGGAACACAUUGUCAUGGGAGGCAUUAGAUGAAGCUGACGUCAUCAUAUCAGGCAACUCGGGCAAAGACGGUGCCCUCAACCUCGGUCUGUCCCUCAAACCGACCAAAGACGUGGAGGAGGGCCGGAAGAAGAAGAACCGAGGCGGAAGCGGCAUGACCGGCAUCAUAGCAGCUGCUGUCAUGAAAAUCGGGUUGAUCAAAGCACUCGCCUUCAAGGCACUCGUGCUUCUGGUCGGAAAGGCUCUGCUAGUCAGCAAGCUCGCCUUGGUUCUCGCCGUGGUGAUCGGGCUGAAAAAGCUGCUGAGCCAAGAGAAGCACGUGACCUACGAGGUGGUGGCCCACCCCCACCACGAACACCAUGACCACCACUCUGACCACUCGGGCGGCGGUUUCGACGCCCACGGAAGCGUUGGCGUGGGCGGAGGCGGUUGGGGCAGGACUUUCGACGCCCAGGCUGCCCAGAACCUUGCCUACAGUGCACACAUCCCGGCUAACUAA